UUUAGGAUUAAUAAAAGUAACAAGCUGAAAUUUUAUAGCUGUUCGUUAACUACUGCACCUACCUUCGCCCAUUCGAUCAAGCGUCCUUGUCCGAGUAGUACUCUGGUGUGCUAGUGCGUAGUUUCUUUCCUGAAGAGUUGUUAUAGUAGUGGUACCAGAAAGAGGUCAUCCGACUAUCAAAGCGAAAGUGGACUUUAAAAUUUAAAAAAAAUAGUUGUUUAAAAAAAGUUUUGUUGAAAAAAGUGCCAAAAUGGGGGUCGGACUUCAAAUGAUGAAAACUGUGCUUUUUAUAUUUAAUAUAUUUUUAACGCUAUCCGGAAUAGGUAUUAUCAUAGCCGGUGCUCUUAUCCUCACACAAAUGGCGGAUUUCAACAGGAUAGCUGAAAGCGACUUAGUGAAAAUGGCCAUAGCUAUGAUUGUAGGAGGCGCUUUGGUGACCAUUGUAGCUUUUGUUGGAUGCUUGGGUGCCAUGAGGGAGUCCUAUAAAAUGUUGAUGGCGUUUGCUGGUCUUUUGCUUGCAAUCUUUAUCAUGGAACUUACAGUAGGAAUUUGUGCAGCAGUCUUCAAAACCGACUACAAAGUUGCCUUCAAAGAAUCACUCUCUGAAUCAUUGAGACACGUUUUAUCUAAUGCCAGAGACAGGACGAAUAAUAACUAUUAUGAUGUUGCUAGAGAUAGGCCUGCCGGAGGUGCUGGUUCGUACGGCACUGCUUAUGAUGCCAUCGAUGGACGUGAUAAGAACUAUUGGGACGUAUUGCAAAGACAAUUCAAAUGCUGUGGUGUCGAUGGUCCUAAAGACUGGCCCGAUAACAUCAGACCAAUUUCCUGCUGUUUGGACAAAUUCUGUUGGGGAGAUACUGCCGUUUAUCACCAAGUUGGGUGCUAUGAUACUUUGGUAGAGAAAAUUCAUUCCAGUACCGCCGUGCUCGUUUAUACUGGAAUUGGGAUCGCAUUUGUAGAGAUCCUAGGGAUAUUUUUAACGUGCUGGUUAGCCAAUUCUAUUGAAAACGACGAUGACGAAGUUAUUAAAAUUCACAAUGGCCAUCAUGAACAUCGCGCGCAUUCCGAAUCGCACAGUUCAGAAACACCAAUUUAAUUUAGAUGUUUCUUUUUUAAUUGUAUUUUGAGGAAAAUAUUUUUUUAACUGACAUUAUAUUGUAUGUAUUAUUAUUUUUUUUAAUGCACCAUAGAAAAUAUAGGGGUUGCAAAAAUAACAAAAUCUAGGAGGGCAACUUAACAAAAAUUUUAAAGUCAGAGCGAUUGUCAAACGGUCCAUUUUUACCAGAAUAUAGUUUAUUCCUGCAUUCUUAGUCUUCAAUUAUUUUUGAGUUCAAUAUGCUUUGUAGUAUCUAUAAGUCAAAUUUUUGCAACCCCUGCAAUUUAAACCACCACCCAGCAUCACCAUUUUUUAUUAUGCAUGUUUUGAAUUUAUUUUAUAUUAGAAUUGUGAUAGUUAUUGAACUGAAUGUAAAAGUUUGUCGUUAAAGUUACAAAUUGAUUGAUGAUUUCUUUGCAGAUUCUAGGAAUAUUUAUAACGUGUUGGUUAGCAAACGCGAUUCGAAUUGACGACGACGAAAUCAUAAAAAUUCACAACGGCCAUCAAUUACACACGCAUUCUGAAACGUAGUAGAAAAAAAAACGAAAACAACGAUUAAAUUAAUUAUUGUAAUACACACAAAUGAAGAAGUUUCAAAAAAAGUUUAUGAAUUUCUGCAAAUCAAACCUUCCAAAGUAGCAUUUUUUUGAAUCUUCUUGUAAGUGUACCGGAAUAAAAAUAUUUAAAAAAAUCUAAUCUUGGACAUGCCAGUAUGUAAUUUUUUUUUUUUUCGAAACUUCUCCAUUUUUUAAAAACUAUUUUUAUGAGGAUCUUAUUCCUUUUUCAGUCCAUCCAAACCAAAAUGGUGUUCAAUAAAAUUGUCAUCAUUAUUAGUAUGUAGAAUAUUUUAUCAGAACUGUUUUCAGAAUCUCAACAAAACUAAUUAUUCAUUGUGAUCAUUAUAGUAGAUCGCUAAUAUCGCCAUUUUUAUCACCACUAAGUUACCCAUGUUAGAUUAUAGGAUAAACAGUUCCCUGAAAAAUCAAAAUUUUUAUUUUUUUUUUGGAAGUUUUUCAUUUUUUAUUUUUUUCAAUUUCGGGUGCUAAAUUUAGUUUUUAAGUUGUUUUUUUGUACAAAUUAUCUAAGUAAGUACCUAUAUUAAUUGCGUUAACAUUUUUUUAUCAAAUCUUACUUCUAAUUUUGACAUAUUUUCUGACCAACUACUACUGUUUGAUGCAUCAAUUCUCUUAAUUAUAUUUUUUUAAAUAUGUCUUAAUUUCAAAUAGGAUUUAUGUUUUAAUGUUUGAAUAAAGUUUAUUUUAUAUCGAAUUGUAUUCAGAUCUGAAGCAAUAUUUAUUCUAUUAUUUGUUCACGAUAUAGCUUUAAGUUGAUUUUAUUGUAAAUAAAAAAUUUAAAUUACC